AUGCUUGACUCCGAGAAAACUCUGGCAGCACGCGAUUCCACAUCCAACGACCCAACAAGCAACAAGGAGGAGCGUGGGGAGUCGUUGCGAGAGCCCUCACCUCUGAGCAAACAAACACUGGAGAAGGGUGAACAUGAUUCUCAUAAACCGAAUGACGCGGAUGAAGAUGCGUCGAAAGAAUCUGAAAGUAAAGGAGGUGUUGGUGUCUAUUUUCGAAUCUUCAAAUACACAGACCGCUUCGACCGUCUUCUCUACGCCAUAUCAUGUUUCGGAGCCAUCGUUUCGGGCGCAUCGCUGCCGUUGAUGACGCUCGUAUUCGGUGCAUCGACUCGAACAUUCAGCAACUACUCGAUGGGCAACAGCGACGCGCAAGCAUUCCAGAGCGAAGUCAACGGACUGGUCCUCUACUUCGUCUACCUUUUCGUAGGUCGAUUCGUCAUCAACUACAUAGGAACACUAUGCGUGUGUAUCGCGGCAACCCGCACAACGAACUCUCUAAGGAAGGCUUUCCUCGACAGUCUGGUCAGAAAGGAAAUCGCGCAUUUCGACAUAGUCGACAAUGGAUCCACAGCAGCUCAAGUUGCAACGAACGGCAAUCGGAUUAAUCAGGGCAUCGCCGAGAAGCUCUACACAUUUGUCAAUGGCAUUUCGCUAUUCUUUUCCGCCUACGUUGUCGCACUGACCGUUCAAUGGAAGUUGGCGCUCAUCACAAUGAGUGUGAUUCCGGCCAUUGCAGUGACCGUCGCGGGCGUCAUCAAGUUCGACGCACCGAUUGAGGCUCGCAUCGUGAAAAUAUACUCCCGUGCUGCGACAGUCGCACAAGAUGCUCUGUGGUCGAUCAAAACCAUACAUGCAUUUGGCGCCGGCCCCAAGGUCGUCAAAUGGUACGACGAAUACCUCCAGGCCGCACAUCAGGAAGGCAAAAAGAAGUCUCUCAUUCUCGGAAUCCUCUACUCCAACAACUACUUCCUGACUCUUGCAGGCAAUGCUCUUGCUUUUUGGGAGGGUUACCGAUUGUUUGCAAGCGGUGAAAUUCCGGACGUUGGUACGGUCUUCACUGUCGUCCUGAGCGUAACGCUAGGCGCGACAUCAAUUCUGAGUGUCCUGGCACCUAUCUCAGCCGUAACGAAUGCUUCUUCAGCUGCGGUGGAACUCUUCGCUAUCAUCGACAAACCGUCGAAAAUCGAUCCUCUCGCUUCGGCAGGCAUGCGGCCGGAGAAGUGCACAGGCGAGAUCGAAUUCCGCGAUGUAGCUUUUGCUUAUCCAGCGCGCCCAACGGCGAAGGUCCUCCGUCGGCUGAACCUAUCUGUCCCGGCAGGAAAGACUACGGCUCUUGUCGGACCCAGUGGAUGCGGCAAGUCGACGCUUGUUGGCCUUCUCGAGCGCUGGUACCAGCCGGCGUCCGGACAUAUCCUCUUGGACGGCCACGACGUGGCCGAGCUUAAUACGAACUGGCUCCGGAGUAACGUUCGACUUGUCCAACAAGAGUCUACCCUCUUUGAUGGCACUGUUUUCGACAACGUAGCGAAAGGCUUGGUGGGCGAGCAAAAGACCCUCUCGCGCGAAGAUCAGGCGCAAUUGGUUAGACAGGCGUGUGAGGUUGCAGAUGCUCAUGGCUUUAUCGAAAAGCUUCCUCAAGGCUACGACACAGAGCUCGGGGAGAACGCCGGUAUGCUGAGCGGCGGGCAACGGCAGAGGCUAUCCAUUGCUCGGUCCAUCAUCUCCGAUCCGAAAAUCUUGCUCUUCGAUGAAGCCACCAGCGCCCUGGAUCCGCAAGCCGAGCGAGUCGUGCAGGACGCUCUUAACCGUGUGUCAAAGAACAAGACCACCCUGGUGAUUGCGCAUAAGCUUGCAACAAUCAAGAACGCCGACAGCAUCGCCGUGAUGAGGGAAGGAGAGGUAGUAGAGCAAGGCAACCACGCCGAGCUCAUCGAGCAAGACGGCCUCUACGCAGCCAUGGUCAGAGCGCAGGGUCUUGGUGACGAAAGCAAGAAAGACCAACUAGAGCACCACGACAACGAAGACCAUACUGACAGUACGCUCCGGCCGCUUGCUUCACGUCGCGAAACGCAACCAGCUAUGUCGUCCAAAGAUCUCGAAGAAGGCCAGCCUGACCACCUCACCGCCGGCACGCUCCAUUAUUCGCUGUUCAAAUGCGUCCGCAUUAUGUUGAAGGAGAACAAGGCCAUGUACAAAUGGUAUGCGCCUCUCACCUUCGCCUUUGUGAUGGUGGGUGGGACCUAUCCGGCGCAGGCGCUCCUCUUCGCCCGCUUGCUGAAUGUAUUCACGAUACCAGACGAAGAGGAGGCCCGAUCAAAGGUCAAUCUAUUCUCGCUCAUGUUCUUCAUCGUUGCUCUGGCCAAUCUUGUGGGAUACUUCGCCAUCGGCGUCAUCACCAACAUCAUCGGGCAGGCUCUUACUCAUCGCUAUCGGCGAGAGAUGUUGGAGCGUAUUGUCUCCUGCGACCAAGACUUCUUCGACUAUCCUGAAAAUUCGUCCAACGCUCUGGCCUCCAAGCUGUCUUCGGUCCCGUCGGCGGUGCAAGAGCUCAUGUCUGCAAAUAUUGGGCUUGUUGUGACCGUCAUCGUCAACGUGGUGUCCACGAGCGCACUUGGAAUUGUGAUUGGCUGGAAGCUGGGACUCGUUAUGGUAUUCGCUGGACUGUCCGUCAUAGUGGGUGCCGGAUUCUUGCGUGUGCGCCUCGACAUGCGGCUGGAGAGUUCUACCGAGACGCAGUUCACCAAGAGUGCCAGCCUGGCAUCUGAAGCUGUCGGUGCCAUCAGGACGGUCAACUCUCUGACGCUCGAAGAUUCUGUCUUGCACGAGUAUAGCCAGUUGUUGGAUAGUAUCAUGGCGCAGGUCAUCCGGAGUCUGGUUCUCACACUGAUACCCUACAGCUUCUCCCAAUCGGCUGACUUUCUCGUCAUGGGACUAGGCUUCUGGUAUGGAUGUCGUCUGAUCGCCAGUGGAGAGUACACGGUCACGCAAUUCUUUACCAUAUUUCUCGCGCUCGUUUUCGGAGGCCAGGCCGCAGCCCAGUUUUUCACUUACACAACAUCCUUCACAAAGGGAGCGUUCGGCGCAAAUUACAUGCUAUGGCUCCGAACCAUCCAGUCGAAGAUCCGUGUGAGCGAAGAGAACAAGACCAAAGGGCCAUCGGGAGACGAUGCGCCAAUCGCACUUGACAGGGCCGAGUUCGUUUACAGGCAGCGAGGCUCUGCGAAGGUGUUACGAGAUGUGUCCGUGAAGAUCGAGCCAGGAUCGUACGCCGCACUCGUUGGGGCGUCUGGAUGCGGCAAGAGUACCGUCAUCUCUCUGCUGGAACGUUUCUACGACCCCACCUCUGGCCGCAUUACGUUGAGUGACAAAGACAUCUCAUCUCUGUCACCUGCGUUGUAUCGUCAGCAUCUUUCCCUGGUACCGCAGGAAGCGCCCUUGUACCUCGGGUCGGUGCGGCAGAAUAUUGCGCUGGGGCUUGAAUACGACCCUUCGGAGGAGGAAGUGCGAGAGGCGUGCCAGCAAGCCAACGCGCUGGAGUUUGUCUCGUCACUGCCAGAAGGGUUAAACACACAUUGCGGCUCGCGAGGUCUGCAAUUUUCCGGCGGGCAGCGACAACGGAUCGCCGUUGCCCGAGCCUUGAUUAGAAAGCCGAGGAUUCUGUUGCUUGACGAGGCUACGUCUGCCCUAGACACGCAGAGCGAGAGGAUCGUGCAAGAGGCGCUGAACAAAGCUGCGUCGACGAGGACUACUAUUGCUAUAGCGCAUCGGUUGAGCACUAUCAAGCAUGCGGAUCUGAUUCUCGUCAUGGAGGGCGGGAAGAUCGUGGAGAGGGGUACUCACCGGGAGUUGCAACAGCUUAAUGGGCGGUAUCAGGCCAUGUGUGUGGCCCAAUCUCUGGAUGCCUGA